AGGUAGCCCUGAUGCCGGCCCCGUUCCCCACCAGGCAGCCGGUGAGCCCAGGCUGGAGCAGGGCGACGUGGCCGGCAGCGUGGCGUGACCAUGCAGACGGAGGCCAGAGGGGAUUUCUGCGGCAGGGACCAGCACCCCGAGCUCAGCAAGGAGACGCUGGUCCCAGAGCGACCCAUGGGGACCCCCGCCCACGGGCCAGCCCAGGAGCCCCCUACAGCCCCUGCAGAGGAGCCAGGUGGCAUCCCCAUCCCCAGCGCUGGCCUGCUGCAGGUCACGGAGCGCCGACAGCCCCUGAGCAGCGUCUCCUCGCUGGAGGUGCACUUCGACCUGCUGGACCUGACGGAACUGACCGACAUGUCAGACCAGGAGCUGGCUGAAGUCUUCGCCGACUCCGAUGAGGAGAACGUGGCUGGAGAGUCGCCCAGCGGGCUGCAGCCGCAGGUGGUGCCACGGGCCGGGUACCUGCGCUCGCCCUCCUGGACACGAGCACGGGAGCAGGGCCGGGAGAAGAAGCACCUCAGCGACCCAGAAUUGCCAGCAGGACCCCCAGACGCCUUCCUGCCCGCCGAACGGCCGCGGGAGCCCUAGGGGCUGCCCCGGCACCGGGGGACGGAUGCAGGGACACGCCAGGGGACGGAUGCGGGGACACGCCAGUGCCAGUCGCUUCCUUUCAUCCCCAGCACCGUUGGAGCCCAUCCCCGCCGCCCUGCCCGGGGCGCCCGGGGCACAGGACUGAUGGGGUGGGGGCAGCUCGCCCGGAGGCACGGCAGACCGGCCCCGGGGAGAGGCAGCCCCCAGCCCCGCAGAAGGGAGGCACGGAGCCGGCCGAAGCCGGUGGCCCGGAGCUCUCCCCGGGGCGGCGGGGAAGGAGCAGCCGGCUCCCCGCGCCGGGACCCGGGGCUGCCCGUAGCCCAGCGCGGAGCCGGGGCCGGCGCGGUCCCGUCUGCCGGGAGCGGCGGCCAGGCCCGGUGGAGCAUGGCCGGUGCCCGCCCGGUCCUCAUGUAGCAACGUUUUGUUCCGGUAAAACCGACCGACCCACCAC